AUCCUGUCCUAGUGUAAAUUAAUGUAUAUUGAUUUUCCUCCACCUCUCCGUCUCACCACUCUCUCUCCCUCUGGCUUGUCUCAGUUUUUUCUAAACAUAACAGAAUACUUUUUUCUUCUGCCCCCAAAAUUAGAAUAUUAAUAUCUGUAUCUUCAUUAUUUUCGUCUUCAAAUCCAUUUCAUUUUUUUGCUGUCCAUUUAAUUGAACAAGUUAAAAGCAUAAUUAAUAUUUCAAUCUCUUUCCUACAGUCUCCCUCCAUCCUCCUCCCUCCCUCUCUCUCUCUCUCUCUGACUCUACAUGUUUCUGUCGCUAAGGCAACCAAUGCCUUUUCCCACUUGCUCUCUAUAUCUCCCCCUUUCUCGCUGUCUCUCUCAUUCCCUCUCUCUUCAGCCAGAGGUAGGCAUGUUAACUGAUAUAUGUGAAUGUGGUGUGCGUGCUUGUGUGACAGUGAGUUGUCUGCUGGUGUGUGUGUGUGUGUGUGUGUGAGGGGGAGAGCGAGAGCGAUAGAGAGUGUGUGUCAGUCUGUUUGAGUGAGUGACAGCGGUAGUAGAUAUGAAGUCAAUCUUUCUAGAGCUAAAAGUAGCACCAUAUGGGAUAUUGGCUCCAUGCAUGCGUAUGAUGAAUGUUUUUUGCACAGGUGUGUGUGUGUGUGUGCGUGCGUGUCUGAUGCGCGAACUGUAUAAGCAUGUGGCAUAAUUAAGUGCUCAUUUUGGACAGCCAGGAGUGCCACUGCCCAGGAGGGAGAGGGAUGUGUGUAUUCCUGUACUGCUGUCUAUGAGUGUCUGUUUACAUUUUCAAUAUCAGUCUGUCAGAAGAGAAGUGAACCCUCCCUCUCUCUCUCUUUCGCUCUUUCUCUCUUUUCUUUUUCUUCUUUCCUCUCAGAGAGAGAGAUGAUCGGAGGAGUGGGGGCUCAGUGAACAGAACGAAGCGAUGGAGAGAUGCUCCAUCUCUCCUGUCAAACGACUGACCGCCCUCCGCUGCCUUUUCUUCCUCCUGGUUGCCGCGGUGACGCGACCCUCAACCUGUAACCGUGACGACGAGGGCGAGGGGCAGGUGGAGGCCCUCUCGGCCCAGCUGUCCGUCACAGGACAGGUCACACCCACCCCUAUUUGGUCUGUGGACUGGGGCCCCACUCUACCUCUGGAGGACGAGACUCAUAACAUCCUGUCCAGCCAGGAAGCAGACCUGCAUCACCAUGGGCAUGAAGUCCCCACGACAACCGUCGAGGCCUGGCCGCAUCAUCAGAGUGCACCGGGCAGUGCUUUGCCCCAGGAGCCCCUGGACCUGCUGGAGGCCCCGGACGCAGAGGGAGUGGAAGAUGGAAGAAGUGAGGCGGAGGAGAGAGAGCCUGAGGAAGUGGACCCUCAGUUCUACGUCACUGUGACCAUCUCCUCUCUGCUCAUCCUGACUGCUGUCAUCAUUACAGCCAAACUCUGGAUCCCCGUGGUGAACCUCUAAGGCGACCGUUUUCGAUUUGAUACACAUUUCCACGGGAUGCGACUUAGAACAUCAACACCGCCAGAGGGUGUGCCCACCGCGGCCCACCACGUCCUCUAUUUAUCUUUGACUGUGAAAAUGAAAAUCAGGAAACCAGGUAUCCAGCCAUGGCAAACCCUAUUUUUCCCCCCAUCCCUUCCUCCCGAAGGAGGUCUAGAAAAGCCCAAUCUCAUCCCUUCCUUCCUCCUGUGCCUCUGUGCUUUGCUGUUAAAUCUCUUUUCUCCAGUUUUCUAUGGCUCUCUGUCACUGUAGACGGACCAAACCAUCCACUGUUUUAUAUUCCUCUGUCUGUACUGCCCCAGGCUGUAGCAGCAACACACGUACAGCUCCCUCUGCUUUACCUAAUUCACAAGCAAACAGUGUUAGAUAUCGAUAGAACCUUUUAUUCCCGCCGGUGCCAAAACCGCAUUGCUAUAUGGGGCUAUUUGUAAUAUUUCAUACAGGUAUAUUGUGUAGCUGAACCUUGUAAUAUGACUAAAUAGUGGACUUGGUUAUUGAAACUUGGUUGAAAGUGAAAUAUGUGUGUUAUCUGAAACUGAAAUAUAGGUGUUCAGCUAGCUGGUGAAGGGUUAAAACAAUCCCUGUUUCCUAGGACUGAAGGGGGUAUUUCACAAAGCUGUUUGGCAAGGUUGUCGCCAGCAGCCAAUGUACUUAACACGACACGGUCCAAAAAUCGCUGUUUACUCCCGCUUGGAAGCUUGGAAUGCAAAUAGGCCCACUGCAGCUACCACAUUUGCAAUGUCUUUUAUUCCCAAAAUUAUUCUCUUGAUUUGUUCCUUUAAUUUUCUCGCUUCUUUGCCGUGCCUUUGUGAGCAAGUUAUUUUCUCUCUGGAGUAUGAGGAUGAGCUGGGUUUAUAUAAUACUGUUCUAUAUAGGGUUGUGAAAUUCUGUAAUUUUCCCAAGAGUCCCGGGUUUUCCAGAAAUCCCGGUUGGAAGAUUCCUGGAAUUAGGAGGGAAGGAAAUACAAGAAUGUUCCAACUGGGAUUUCUAGAAAACCACGGAAUUUGUGGAAAGUUAACCUUGUUGUAUAUGAAAAGAGUGGUGCAAACAGUGUGCAAUACAUUUGCAUAUAUUGCAAUCAGUACAAUCAAACGAUACAUGUGGUACAAUCAAUGGUGGUGGCAGGUAAACACAAUGGGUAUAAAUGAUACAGUCCAGAGUUGAGUCAAUUUACCAUCAUCUGUUGUUUCUAUUGAAAUUCUGCUCCGACGUCAAAGCUUACACUAGUGUGUACUGUAGGAUAUUAGGGUAAUGUACCUGUCCAACUCUUCCACCAGCUUUGAGAAAUUACCCUCUGGACUUCCACUACACUAGUACAGAUAGUGUUGUGACAUCAUACGUGACUCGUGUCGUUCUGCAGUCUAGUGUUCCUUGGUUCUCAGUAGCAUUCCUGUAGACGUGUGGUUCCACUGUAUGAUGGAAAAAAAAUAAAAACUCAACACUGGUGUUUUA